GUGUUGCUAGCCAAGGCUUCGGUAAUAUUGCAGGUUGCCUUGGCUUAAUUAAACGUGGGCGGAUUUGAGUUCAUGAUACAAAUAGUCUUCAACUGUACAGGGUAUCCAGCGACUUACAAUCUACAAGCAAAACAUACAUCAAACCAAUCACACGCUACCUUGGCCUUCUGCUGCUGUCCACGUCCUGCACCCUCUAAAUGUAUCCUCCGCAAACUGCCAACUCCUACGGCGUGUCACACUCCCUCCCUCGCCACUGUCGCCCUUGUAUGCAUUCUUGAUAACUGUCACUUCCACCUACAAGAUGCGACCUCUUCGCUUCUCGAUGACUUUAUCAGAUCCUUCUCUCCAUUCCGUGACAUCUUCCUCGUGUUCUUCAAGAUGGUUCCCCUCUCCUUCUUCGGGACGGUUCUGCUCUCUGGUAUCAACGUGUUCUGCCUGUGACUCGCUCAUCUCGACUGCACU